AUGGAUAGACACUCUGAAGAGAUUCCAAUCGUAUCCCCAAGCAGGCGCUUGAUUGGCGCCUUAGUGACGGCUGGAGUUUAUUUAUUAAUUCGGUUUAAUUCUUUAUUGAUUGGAACAGAAUUUUUAAAAAUAUUACUAUUAAUAUCAGGAUUAAAAAUAUUUACAGCUGGAAUUUCAGCCUUUUAUGAGUUUGAUUUGAAGAAAAUUAUUGCAUUGUCAACUUUAAGGCAAUUAGGGUUAAUAAUGAGAAUUUUAAGAAUAGGAUUUAGAGAUUUGGCAUUUUUUCAUUUAUUAACUCAUGCUAUAUUUAAAGAUUUAUUAUUUAUAUGUGCUGGAAAUCAUAUGAUAAAUGAUAAUCAAGAUAUUCGCUAUAUAGGUGGGUUAAGCAUUUAUAUUCCUAUAACUUCUCAUUGUUUUAAUAUUUCUAAUUUAUCUUUAUGUGGGAUUCCAUUUUUAUCUGGUUUUUAUUCUAAUUUAGUCUUAGAAAUGGUUAGAGUAAGAACCGUAUUAUACCAUGACCGUGCUAUGAACGUACCUUUAAUUGUAUUUUAUUCAGUUCGUCUUUCAUUGUAUUUGAUAGUAAAUGAAUUUAAUUUAUUUAGAGUUUAUAAUUUAUAUGAUGAAGAUUAUACAAUAUUAAAGAGAAUGAUUUUACUUUUAUUUAUAAGAGUGACAGGGAGAUUUUUGAGUUUGUUUAUUUUUAGUUAUCCUCAUAUAAUUUUUGUACCAAUUUAUUUAAUUAUAGUAUUAUAUGUGAGAUUUUUUGGCUUUGAACGAGCGGGAGAGAUGUGGAGAGAAAUUUACAUUCAAUGA